CAGGCACUCUAAUCACAUUCUCGAAAAAAGAAGAAAAAGCCAUGGCCGAACUAGACUCGAUACUUGAGAAUUAUGCUGCUUCGGGGGCAGACACCAAAGACAAAGUCCUCGGGGUCUCAUUCGUGGUGGUCAAUGAGAAGGAGACCCUCUACGAGGGCUCAGCCGGCCGUGUAGGCCUCGACCUCAGAGCCGCACCGUACACACCAGACACAUUCACAUACGUGGCCUCCCUGACCAAGCUUUUAACCGCCACCUGCCUCCUCCAGCUCGUCGAGCGCGGCCAGCUCUCCCUCGACGAAGACCUGGGCGCACGCCUCCCCUUCCUGUCCGACGUCCAGAUCCUCCGCGGAUUCGACGAGGACGACCAGCCCAUCCUGGAAGACAACCACCGCCCAAUCACCCUCUGGCACCUCCUAUCCCACACCUCCGGCCUGGCAUAUGACACCUUAUCAGAACCGCUCAUGAAAUGGCGGCAAUCCGUCGGCCGGCACAGGACAAACACGACCUGGACAGAGGAAGGGUUCUCGACGCCGCUGCUGUUCGAGCCCGGGGCGCAGUGGCUCUACGGCACGGGGAUGGACUGGGCCGGGCAGGUGCUCGAGAAGGUCACCGGGCAGACGCUGCAGGAGUACGCGACGGCGAACGUCUUCCAGGUCCUGGGCAUGCACGACAGCACGUUCCGGCCAGGCCAGAGCGCGGGGGAGCGGCAGGCCAGGUCGGCCAGCUUUGCCUUCCGCUCGAAGGACGGCACGCUGGGGGCCGGCCCGUCCCCGCUGGCGGAUGAGCACCCCCUCGAGAGCGGCGGCUCGGGGCUGUUCACCACGGCGAGGGACUACGCGAAGCUCCUACAGGGGCUCCUACAGGGUAAGCUGCUCGGUGCCGAAGCGACGGAGAUGCUCUUCAGGGCGCAGCUCGGCCCCGAACUGCAGAAGGACUUGAUGGAAAAGGUUGCGAGCAUGCCUGAGGGACUCGCACCCGAGUAUCCCGUCGAUAUGCCGGCCAAUUUCGCCUUCGGCGGCAUGUUGAACCUAGAGGACAUCCCGGGCAAGAGGAAGGCAGGGAGCAUGAUGUGGAGCGGCGCGGCGAAUUCACACUGGUGGAUCGACCCCUCCACCGGUAUUGCGGCCGUCAUGGUGGUCACGCUGUUUCCCUACUCAGACUACGUGGCCAACGAACUCUACUUGAAACUAGAGACUGCGUCUAGUCUUAGGAUUGGGUAG